GGAUACCAAGCUAGAAGGACGGCGUGUAGAGGCACCUGAGGACACACACAGCAACAUUUUAACAGACUUCUAAAGAAUCAGAAUCUGCAAUGGCCAAUCAUAGGGGUUUGAUAACCAAUGUGGAUUUAAGAAGCCAUGAAAACAACUUGUUCCACCGUACCAGAGAGAUUGAUCGGGAGCGUCUGAUCGUCCGCAGGGGUCAACCUUUCUCCAUUACCCUGCAGUGCUCUGACUCUCUGCCCCCCAAACAUCACCUAGAGGUCGUUCUGCACCUUGGUAAGAGAGAUGAGGUGGUGAUCAAGGUUCAAAGUGGCCAUGGUGCCAGAGACAAGUGGUGGUUUAGUCAUCAGGGAGCACAGGAUGAAAUGCUCCUGACCCUUCAUAGUCCUGCUGACGCUAUCAUCGGUCAGUACCAUCUGGCUGUGUUAGUGAUGUCGUUGGAUGGGCGCAUUGUGGAUAAGACUGAAAAAACUCAGUUUCACCUGCUCUUCAACCCAUGGUGCAAAGAUGAUGUGGUGUACCUCCCUGAUGAGAGUCAGCUCCAGGAAUAUGUCAUGAAUGAGGAUGGGGUCAUAUUCAUGGGGACCUGGAACUCCAUUAACAGUAUUCCUUGGAACUAUGGACAGUUUGAAGACAAUGUGAUGGACAUCUGCCUUGAAGUCUUGGACAACUCUAAGGAUGCCCUGAAAAACUCACUGGAUGACAUUAAACAGAGAUCAGACCCUGUCUAUGUCAGCAGGAUGAUCACUGCGAUGGUGAACUCUAACGGUGACAAGGGCGUGUUGAUGGGUCGCUGGCAUGAGCCGUACUCUGGAGGAGUAGCGCCCUAUCGGUGGACGGGCAGUGUGCCGAUCCUCAGACAGUGGAGCAGAGCUGGAGCGAAGGCUGUGCAAUAUGGACAGUGCUGGGUGUUUGCUGGGGUUGCUUGCACAGUGCUGCGCUGUUUAGGAAUCCCAACACGCCUCAUCACAAACUUUGAUUCAGCUCAUGAUGUGGAUGGAAAUCUCUCUGUGGACUUCCUGCUGAAUGAAAGACUGGAGAGUUUUGACAGAGAAGGCAAGGGGGACAGCAGCUGGAACUUUCACUGUUGGGUUGAGUCCUGGAUGAGGAGAGAGGACCUCCCAAGAGGAAAUGAUGGCUGGCAGGUUUUGGACCCCACCCCUCAAGAACUGAGUGAUGGUGAGUUUUGCUGUGGUCCAUGUCCAGUGACGGCCAUCAAGGAGGGAAAUCUUGAAGUAAAAUACGACGCUCCAUUUAUAUUUGCUGAGGUGAAUGCUGACAUCGUCCACUGGAUCAUCAAACCAAAUGGUCAAAAGCAGAAGAUCAAAUCAGACCAGGGGAGUGUGGGGAAGAACAUCAGCACCAAAAGCAUUUUUGGCGACUACAGAGAUGAUGUCACACUACACUACAAAUAUCCUGAGGGCUCCAAAAAGGAGAGGGAGGUGUAUGAGAAAGCAGGGCGUCGGGUCACACAGCCGACCAAUGAGAGUGCAGAACCAGCACAACUGCAGGUGUCAAUCAAGAAUGCCAGACCUGUGUUUGGGACGGACUUUGAUGUGAUUGUUGAGGUGAAGAAUGAAGGAGUCCGAGAGGCCCAUGCUAAGAUGACCAUGCUGGCCAUGGCUGUAACUUACAAUUCUCUCCACCGAGGCGAGUGCCAGAGACAAACAACCAACGUGACAGUGCCGCCUCACAAAGUCCACAGGGAAGUGCUACGUCUGCAUUAUGACGACUACGGCAGGUGUGUGUCCGAGCAUCAUCUGAUCAGGAUGAAGGCACUCUUGGAAACUUCUGGGGAGGACGAGCCCAUCAUGGCUAUGGCAAACAUCCCACUGAGCAUGCCUGAAGUCCUCGUGCAAGUACCAGGGAAGGCUUUUGUUUGGGAACCAGUGACAGCCUACUUGUCCUUCACCAAUCCUCUACCAGUUCCUCUGAAAGGUGGUGUGUUCACUGUGGAGGGGGCUGGCCUGCUGUCUAACACAGAGAUCCAGGUUAAAGGUGAUAUAUCUCCAGGACAGAAAGUGUCUGUGAAGUUUGCCUUUUCGCCCGUGCGGACCGGAGUGAGGAAGCUCCUGGUGGACUUUGACUCUGACAGACUGAAGGACGUGAGGGGAGUUGCUACUGUGGUUGUCCGCAAGAAAUACACCACUGUAUUCACUAGAUAUCAUUAACAAGCUCUGAGCACACUGAAAGUGACACAUGGUGUUAUUCUGUGAGAUUAUGCGGCAUUCCCUGAAUGUGAGAGGAGGAGCUGCUCUGCCUCAGUGCUGAGGUGCAUAGCAGACAGUUUAAGUCAGAGACAGAACAAACACUGCAAAACAAAGGGAACUGAUCAACACACAAAAUAUGACAAAAUAAAAGCAGCUGGCUGGAAUGAUAACUGUGUACUGUGUACUGAACAUGCAAACAAAAUUGUAUUCCUCAAUGAUUGGACAUUACAGAGAGAAACUAGGAACAUGCUAAUUAUCUUAAACUGCUUUGUGGCAGAUAUGAAAAGGUUGCUGUCUUUCUAUUUCAGACAAAUCAGAGAAGAUACUUUCUUUUUGCUUAUCUUUAAGAUUCAUCUUCUGAACUUAUUAGUAAUUUUUUGUAUUUUUAACAUUAACCAAAUGCCAAAUCAGAACUUUCUUCAAUCCCAAGCCUCUCUUCUCUAACCCUCUGAAUAAGAGUCAUUAUGUGAUGCCAUAUGUCAAAGUUUCAGGAGUAGGACCCCUUAAUUGGCUUCCCUGCACUAACAACAGCAAGAAGUUUGACGUCAAAUUCAGAAUCACUUUUCCAAUUAAAUAAUUGUCAAAUUGCAUCCUGUUGAUGGUGUGGUGCAGGGUUGCAAACAUUGUGCUGUGUGCUUUUGUUAUGUAUUUUUACAGAAAAUAUCUGAUCACACAAAUAAUCUUUUUGUAUUUCAUUCACUUAGCAUACUUUUGCACUGUAAAAUUGUUGCAAUAUAAUAUUGUGAAUACCACUUUAUCACACAAUAUCUAUUUAUGCCUUUGUAUGCUAAUGAGACGUACAUGUAGUGUGCUUUAAAUAAAUAUCUUUCACAAGCACA